UUGGUAAAACAAUUGAAAGGUGUUUGCUGUUUUAUUUUAUACGUUCAGAUAUCAAUGCUCGUGUUGAAACACUUGAGCGACGAUUUAGCGACUUUGAAAAUGCAACCAAUUUUAAAGAGAAAAGAAACGCCGGUGAAACUGAAUCAAAGGUGACUGACACAAACAAAACUAUGAAGAAGAAAAACUUGGAGAUUCAAUCUAUGAUGAGAAAAACUUUGAAGGAAGAAAAAACUGAAAGAUUGAAAUUCUUUAAUUCUGUGAAAAAUCAAAUUGAAAAAGUGGACGAAAGAGUCUCACAGUUCAUGAACACGACAGAUGCUUCUCUAAAUGAACAAAUAAGGAAAUCGGAAUCAGGGCUAAAAGAAAUUCGCAACGAAGUGUCUGAUAUAAGAGAAAGUAUAGAUAAAGAAGUUUCUGCUGUCGACAAAGGUAUUGUAGAUGAUGUGAUAGCGAUGGUGAAAAAGUCCACAACGGAUUUAACGAAGUUUCAAGGGCAAUUAAAAGAACAUCUUAAAACCUCGGACAGUCGAUUCGGUACUGUUGCUCAAAUUAUCGGAGCUUGUCCAGGCGGUAAAUGGCAACGAUACGGAGAAAAGUGCUUUCAGUUUUACACUGACAGCCGAAUUACAUGGUUUGAAGCCAGAGACACAUGCAGGAGUAUAGGAGGCGAACUCGCAAGAAUAGGGAACAAAAGAGAAAAUAAUUUUAUAAAGAAUACUAUAAAGAGAUCAUAUCCAGUUUCUUACUGGUUUGGAUUACAUGACACACAAUCAGAAAACUUCUGGCAGUGGAGUUCGUCGAAUGGAACUUACAGUCUUGGAAAAUUCUCAAACUGGGCGCCUGAUGAACCAAAUAACGCUUUUGGAAAUGAGGACUGUAGUGUAAUAUGGGGUAAUGGCGAAUGGAACGACAUUGAUUGUUCGCUUAAGAUGACAUUCAUUUGUGAAACUUUUUUAUUUUGACAUUAUUAGAUUUUGCUGUCAGACAUUCAUUCAGAAAUCUUUCGUUAAUGUAAGCAUGUCUAAUACCUUGUUUCUUUGUUUCCUUAAACAACUUCUGUAAUAUAUUUUACGAAUCACUUUAUUUGUAAAUUUUGUUUAUCCACUAUAAUGACAUAAGUGACCGGACGAUGAUACUAUCGAACUAUAAAUUACUUGCUCCCAGCCGCUAUACAUUUGAUCCAUGUUUUGGAAUAUGAUUUACUUUUUUGUCAAUUAGCUUUUUUUGCUACUUUCCGGAACAUCAGUGGUUUUACUUCAAGCCUUUGAAAAAGAUUACAAACUUUGAUUAAUAAUUUUAACAAAAUUUAUUCUAACCUUUUGUUCGAUCAUUAAAUGCAAAAUGUAUUACACUAUUAUAUAACAUUACAGCUUUCCAAAUGAUGAAUUCUUUAUUCUCAUUCAAAUAGAUUUAAGUAUUUCA